AUCACAGGACAAUCUAACAAGAAAGUGAUAAAUGUCUUUUAACUACCUAUUUUCAUCACAGAUUCAAAUCCCUAUUUAAGUCCCUCCAACCCCUCUCUUCCCUCAACCCAAAUUCACAUUUUCAAAACUCAUAAAAUUCACCUCUCCCUGUCUCUCUCCCAACUUCCAAAACUGUUUCUUUUCUAUCUGACAACCAAGAGGCCAAAACUAAAAAGAGAAAAAUAGUGUGUGAAAAUGGAAAACUUAUUUCGCCUAGUUAAUUGUGAGGAGGAGAUGUUCUCAAAACGUUGUAUUUGGGUCAACGGUCCAGUGAUAGUAGGUGCAGGUCCUUCAGGACUAGCCACAGCAGCUUGUCUAAAACAACAAGGGGUACCCUUCAUGCUUCUCGAAAGAGCCGAAUGCAUAGCCUCACUUUGGCAAAAACGAACCUACGACAGAUUAAAACUCCAUCUUCCCAAACAGUUCUGUCAGCUCCCUAACCUUCCAUUCCCACCACACUUCCCCCAAUACCCUUCCAAGAAACAGUUCAUAGAUUAUCUCGAAUCCUACGCACAGCACUUCGACCUAAACCCACGAUUCAACCAGUGUGUCCAGUCUGCUAGGUACGAUGAAACCAGCGGCUUCUGGAGGGUAAAAACCGUUGCCACCUGUGGCUCUGUGAAGAAUGAGUUUGAGUACAUUUGUAGGUGGCUGGUGGUGGCCACCGGAGAGAAUGCGGAGUGCGUGAUGCCUGAGAUAGAAGGCUUGAAGGAAUUCAAAGGGGACGUUAUUCAUGCAUGUGAGUAUAAAUGUGGAGAAAGAUUCAAGGGGAAGAAAGUUCUUGUUGUUGGUUGUGGCAACUCUGGCAUGGAACUCUCACUCGACUUGUUUAACCACAGUGCUUCUCCUUCCAUCGUUGUUCGCAGCUCGGUUCAUGUGUUGCCUAGAGAAGUGUUUGGGAAGUCAACAUUUGAAUUGGCAACUUUGAUGCUGCAAUGGUUGCCACUUUGGGUGGUUGACAAAAUUCUGUUGGUGCUGGCGUGGUUGGUGUUGGGGAACAUGGAGAAGUUUGGGCUGAAAAGACCUUUGGAAGGUCCUUUAUCGUGGAAGAACAGAAAGGGUAAGACUCCUGUUUUGGACAUUGGAACGUUGGAGAAAAUUAAAUCGGGUGACAUAAAAGUUGUUCCAGCCAUAAAGAGAUUCGACAAUGGAUGCGUGGAGCUUGUUAAUGGUGAAAAGCAAGACGUUGAUGCAGUGGUGCUUGCAACAGGGUAUCGUAGCAAUGUCCCUUCUUGGCUUGAGGAAGGUGAAUUUUUCUCUGAGAAUGGUUUCCCAAAGUGUCCAUUCCCAAAUGGUUGGAAAGGAAAUGUUGGACUUUAUGCUGUUGGGUUUACAAGGAGAGGGCUCUCUGGUGCCUCAUUCGAUGCUAUCAAAAUCGCUCAAGACAUUGCUCAACUUUGGAAACAAGACACUAAGCCACAUAAACAUCGUACCACUGCUUCUCAUAGACGUUGCAUUUCUCAGUUCUGAAAUUAACUCUCUAGUCACUUACAACCAUGCAACCAUUGUUGUUUCUUUUAGACAGGAAUUUGUUGCUGUAUAAACAAAUUAACAAUAUCUUCUGUAAUAACAUGGUAGAAUAUUUAGGUUCUUAGCCCUCUCCCAUGGCCCAAGUUUUCAACCGUCUUUUGGGAUUUUCUUUUAGGAAACCAAGGAUGAUGAGGCUUUCUGGCAUUUACAAUUUGUUCUCUCAAAUUCAUACGGCUUAUAAGUGUACCAUAUUUCAUUCAUUAAGUCUAACGAUAUAAUUUCAACUUCAUUUGCAAUCUCAUU